AUGUUUGAGUGGUUAACUUCCAAAUUCCACAUUUCCGGUGUUCUUGUCUCAAACUCGACUCGGUUUUGUUCCGCCGUUCUUUCGCACCCUCUCUAUUUUGGCUUAUUCGUUUUCUUUUUACCAUAUCUUCUCAUACUCGUCAAAUUUGUAUUCCUAUCUCCUCUUUGCAUCGUCGGCUUCAUUCUUUUCCUCGUUCUUCUCCCCAAUGAGAACUUGUUCUCCAAUAUUGUAUCAAGUCGAGGCAGCGCAAAACACCUUCUCUUGGUGUAUAAUUCUGUUCUUGAAAAGUUGCGCCCCGAAAAGUAUUAUGAGAGCGAAAAGUUUUGUGGGUUCGAGGAGCUCGAGAUUUACGAGGCCAUUUUCGGCUCGUCGGAACAAAUUGAAGUCUCGGAGGAAAAAAAGGGUGAAGAUGGUAAUAACUACAAUGACGAAAAGAGAUUGCAGAGUUUAGAAGAAACGAAAAACGAGUCAGCAAAGGGAGUGGAAAUUAAGAGAGUAGCCGAGAAUCAAAAGGCGGAGGCGCAUGUGACGGUUAAGAAAGUAAAUGACAUCAGUGCAGACAGUGAAGACUAUCCUAUGAUAAGAGAGCAGUCCAUGAGGCUGGGAUCAAUGAGAACGGACAAAGAGUGGAAAAGGUCGCUAGCGUGCAGGUUGUUAGACGAGCGGUGUGAAGAGGAAGGGAUGGACUCAUUGUGGGAGACGUACGAGACCGAGUCGAAUAAAAUGAAGGCGAAAAAUGAUGGUAAUAAUAUGAAAGCGAAGAAGAAAGGACAAAAGCAAGAAGAAGAAGAAGACGGUGAUGAUAGCGAAGAUGAUCAAGUCGGGGGCGGUUUGUGUUGUCUGCAGGCACUCAAGUUUUCUUCUGUGAAGAUGAUGAAUUUGGGGAUUGGGAAGCCUAAUAGUCUGGUAAGAUUUUCCAAGGCUGCCAAAGGGAUCGGGUGGCUGCGUAAUGUGAAGAAGAAGCACAGCAAGAAGGUGCACAACAAUGGAGAUUGA